AGAAAACUGACAAAACAGCAGAAUACUGGUUUGACUUACAAAAAAACACAGAUCUGACUUCAACAAAGCUAUUAGGGGAACACUAAUGUGCAAUAUCGAUAACAUUCAAUGCGCUCACUUUGUGCAAUCGAUAGACAAUGACCAAUUAUCUCUAAUAAAUAGACCGCGACGUUGACGGCACCGGCUAACACACAAAACAGAUCAAAUAGGAAGAAAAAUUAACAAAAAAUGACUACGCUGCGACCAUUCACCUGUGAUGACCUCUUCAAAUACAAUAAUGUGAAUUUUGAUCCGCUCACAGAAACAUACGGGCUCUCAUUUUACACACAAUAUUUGGCCAAAUGGCCGGAGUACUUUCAACUAGCUGAAUCACCCAGUGGACACAUAAUGGGCUACAUUAUGGGCAAAGUUGAGGGUCAUAUGGACAAUUGGCAUGGACAUGUAACGGCUCUAACCGUUUCGCCCGAUUACCGCCGAUUGGGUCUGGCAGGGCUGCUAAUGAACUUUCUAGAGGAUAUAUCCGAGAAAAAACGCGCAUACUUUGUGGAUCUUUUUGUGCGUAAAAGCAAUAAAGUGGCCAUAAAUAUGUACAAAAAUCUAGGCUAUAUUAUAUAUCGUACCAUACUUGAGUAUUACUGGGGUGAACAGGACGAGGAUGCGUAUGAUAUGCGAAAGGCGCUGUCGCGAGAUGUGAAUAAGGAAUCUGUUAUACCAUAUACGCAACCUGUACGAUUGGAAGAUAUAGAUAUGAAUUGAUAUCCACCCAAUACUGCCCGCAUUCGCAUUUAUGUUUAACUAUGAUACUGAUUCAUCAUUGCAUUUCGCCUACAAAUUUUUAGUUCAACAACGGCAACAAAAAAAAAAA